UGUCCUGUAUACAAUGAACGCUAAAAUAUGUGCAUUUCUACAUCCUGUAUAAUGCAUACAAUGAACGCUGUAUACAUUUACUGUACAUUUCUACGUCCUCAGUACGGCUGCUGUACACAAUGAACGCUGAACACUGCAUUUCUACAUCCUCGGAGCGCUCAGAGGGUACAAUGAAGGCUACUGUACAAUGAAGCUGCUCGGAGCUGAGGGAUGUGUGUACGUCCUCUUUGCCCUGCUCUUCCUUCCCCUCGGCUGUAACGCUGAACACUGAAUUUCUACGUCCUCGCUUGAUGAAGGCGGAGCUGAGGCAGUACGACGAGGGCGGAGCUGAGGCAGGGGAGCUAAGGGAGCUGAGGGAGUCUGUGCAUCCUCUCUGGCCUGCUCUGACUUCACUCUGCCUACUCCUCGGCUGUAUCUUCGCCAAUUUUCGGACAGUUGAGGGGGGAAUGAAUACAGGGCUGCACCUCACAGCACCAAGUGAAUGCAUCAUCAGAAAUAAGUCACAAGGUUGGAAUGCAUCACCAUGUCACGGCUGAAGUCACAUGACUGGGAUCAGGUGACGCUCUAGGAAGUGUGGCAUCCGAAUAACGCCGGUGAAUGGACAAACAGGAAAUACGCCGAGAUGGACACCGACGUGUUAGUGAGUGGUCUUCAACCUGCGGACCUCCAGAUGUUGCAAAACUACAACUCCCAGCAUGCCCAGACAGCCAACUGCUGUCUCCUGCUCUGCUUCACUGACCGCAGCCCGCAAGGCUGACUUGACCUGCCGAAGCCCAGCCAAGAGUUGGAGCAUUCAGAAGGAAACAAGGAUCUGUAGAAGGACAUUAUGAUGAAGAACCACAGACACCUUACAUCACUGGAUUACUUAUCAGAGAAUUGCUCCAGUCCCCUUUAUUACCCAGAUUUUCCAGAUGAUCAGGAUGAAAGUCUUCAGAGUUUGCAGAUCAUUGUUAAAGAUGAAAUUAAAGAGGAAGAGGAGGAGAUUCCUGUGACUAUGAAAGAAGACAAAGCAACUAUAGAUAUAAUUGAAGGUACACUCCAGGAGGACAGUGGGAACUCCUUGGACAGCCAGCUUUCUUUCAUAUUAAACUGUAAAAUAGAAAAUGAUGACUUCAUGCAGCUUUCAUGUUCAGGCCUCCAGGGUACAGAUAUCUCUGAUCAAGAUGAAUGUGAUAUUGAUAAAUCGGAUAUUGUUACCACAGUGUAUAUUGGGGGUAAAAUGUUUACUUGCACUGAGUGUGAUAAGUUUUUUACCCAGCAUGCAGCACUCAUUAGACAUCAGAGAAAUCACACUGGGGAGAAGCCCUUUCCAUGUUCUGAAUGUGGUAAAUCCUUUACACGCAAAUCAAUCCUUGUGGAGCAUAAGAGAAUUCAUACAGGGGAAAAGCCAUUUUCAUGUGGUGAAUGUGGAAGACGUUUUACCCAAAAGUCCAGCUUUGCUGUGCACCAACGCAUCCAUGGGAGGAAGGGAUCAUUUAUUUGUUCUCAUUGCGGAAAAGAAUUUACUGAGAAGUUGAAUAGUCACACACAUGGGGAAGAGAUCUCCUGCUUAAAUUGCAGAGAGAAGGCUAUGCGGAAGCUAGAUGCUGGGGAACAGGUGGAAGACAAGAUGCCAUUUACGUGCUCUGAGUGUGGUAAAUGUUUUACUAACAAAUCUAAACUUAAAGUGCAUGAGAAAAUACACAAUGGUGAAAAACCAUAUCCAUGCUCUGAGUGCAAAAAAUGCUUUUCACGCAAGUCAGUUCUUGUUGAGCACCAGAGGAUCCAUACAGGAGAGAAGCCAUUUACAUGCCCUAUGUGUUGGAAGUCAUUUACUCAGAGAUCAGGACUUCUCAUGCAUCAGAAGGUUUGCUCGUGUGAGAAGACAUUUUCAUGUUUGGAUUGUGGAAAACAGUUUAUGCAUACAUUAAACUGUCAAGACAGAGAGCCAACAUCUUGCCCAGAGUGCCAAGAUUCAGGUACUGACUCCCAAUCUCUUGAUAAACCUUCAAAAUAUCACACAGGUUCAGCCGGCUUUAAUUCUGGCAAAUCAAAUCAUUCUAUGAAAUACAAGGCUCCUGCCCGCAAAGAAUCAUUCCAUUGUUCCCGGUGUGGGAAGUCAUUUAUGUACAGAUCAGAGCUCAUGAAGCAUGAGAUUAUUCACACAGACAAGAAGCCUUUCUCAUGUUUUGAUUGUGGCAAACGUUUUAACCAGAAAACCAAUCUCCUUCACCAUCUUACCAUACAUACAGGUGAAAAGCCUUUUAGGUGUUUAGAUUGCAACAAAAGUUUCAGACUGAAAGCGAGUUUCCUCGUACAUCAGAGGGUUCACUCAGGAGAGAAGCCCUAUUCAUGUUCUGAUUGUGGCAAGUGUUUUACCCAGAAAUCAAAUCUUCUCAGACAUCGGGUUCUUCACACAAGUUAACUGCUGUUAACUAUGUUAUCUUCUUGAACAGGAAGUCUUUAAGUGGAGUAGAUAGUCUGGAAGCUUUUAAUUGGGCAUUGUCGUUAUAAGAGGUUUGAUUUUUUUUAACCAGUUCUCUUAUGUAUUUAAAGAGUACCUGUCACCAAAUAAAACUUUUAAUAUAGUGUUCCUUUUGUAAUUAGCAUCGAGAGAGAGAGAGAGAAAAAAAAAAAAGCAGAAGCAGUGCAGUUAUUCCCUGAUAAUAUGGGAUGCAGUUUAGGAUAUAGGUAGAUUUUGCUCACCUUUAUGUGGUGCACCUUUAAUUGUUAAGAAUGGCAGUUUACAGCAUGGACUAAAGACUACAUUGAUUUACAAAUCUGAAGUCUCCGGGAGUGCGCCUUUUGAGCCAAAUAGUCAGAUUUUCUGCCUGGACCAGAGGUCAGCCCUGCCAGGCUGCCCUCUUUCCAGCUGUUCCCUUCUGCUUGUGUAAUUAGCAGACACUUUCCCAUUCACUUGCUUUUAAAAUUAUCAACAUAAAUAUGCUUAAAAUGUAAUAGACAAACUGGCCACUAGGUGGCUCUGUUCUGAUCCCUGCCACAAUUAAUAUAGUGAGUAUGGUCUCCUCCCAGCAUGACAGGAGACCAAACUCAGGGAGUGCUUCUCUGCAUUGAGCUUGAUUGACAGCUGCACAGAGCCUCACUGAAAGCUGUAAAGAUCCUCACUGAAACAUCCACAGAGCCUUAUUGAAAGCUGCACAGAUGUAAGCAAGAAUAAGGGUAAGAUACAGAGCUUUUUAAAGCUCUAAAAAAAAGGGGGGGGGGGUAGGAGGAGUGUUAGAAGUUGUAAGGGAACAUAACCUGAGUUAGUUUAGAAAAGUUUAUUUGGUGACAGGUACUUUUUAACUUUUGUGUGAGUGUACCUAUAAAAGUCAGUAUUCUGUCUGUUUGUCAUUUGUAAAUAAUAUAAAUACUGAAUUUGUGUUAAUAUUUAUUAUAAAACCAACAGAUGUGUAUUUCAUUCAAUAAACAGGAGAUAGGAAAAAAGAGUAAGGCUAGGAUUCCACUUAGGUUUUUGCCCUGUGUAUUUUUUAGGCUUAAAAACGCCAGAAAAAAAAAUGCUUUUUUUCAUGCGUUUUUACCUUUGUGUGGAAUUUGCCUUUUUUGGCCUCUUUUGGCGUUUUUGUUUUCAAAAUUUGUUGGGUACCGGAAAAAAAGGAUGCAGUAGGGAUGGAAAAAAAAUGUAUUUAACAAAAUGUUUAUUUUUUUUAUAACAAAAUUGUAAUACACUUUUAAUAAAGUGUGUGUGUGUUUCUCUUUUUUUUUCCUCUAAAUUUUUUAGGUAGUACUACUACUCACAGCAUGGAACAGACUGUUCCAUGAUGGGAGUAGUAGUACCCGUACUAAUAGAAAGAUCGCCCCUGGUGUCACUACUGACAUCCGCUGCGAUCAUCCUACUUAUAGCAGAGAUCUAUACAGCGCUCGUAUCUCUGCUCUGUACUUC